ACGGCUAUACCGUACUAUACGGUGUGUAGGCCUAAGCACAGCCUGGCCUUGACAUGCUGAACUGCCACACACUUGCUUUAUAAAUUAUAAAAAUAGAUCUGCAGCUCAGUGUGUGUAGUAACCAUACAACUUACAAGAUUCUCUACACGAUCUUUGCAGAAACGAUUCACGAACCGACGUCUUGUCAAGUCUCCACAUUGACGCCAAUGACCCCGACGUUUAACACACAGCCAAGGCCGAGAUAACCACGUGAAACCCCUCUCUCUGACUGACGCCACCUGUGAUUUCGAACAUUCCUCAAGCCCCAGAGUUACAAUUUCUUCAACAAUAUAUUCUUCAAUCUUCACGCAAUCGCUAUGGCCCAACCAAAGCAACAAGAUUUUUUGUCUGGGCGAGUGGCUCUGGUCACGGGGUCUACAAGUGGCAUUGGUGAGGGAAUUGCUCGAAGUUUAGCCAGUAGAGGAGCCAACGUGAUCAUCACUGGAUUUGGAGAUGAGCAAGCCAUAACAAAAUUGCUGGAAUCCUUCAAGAGUGAUUACAAUGUUGAAGCAGUAUUUAUUGGGGGAGAUCUGUGUAAACCUGAAGAUGUCACAGCUUUGCAUAAAGAAGCUGUAAAAGCUUUUCCUAGUGGAAUUGACAUUUUGGUGAACAAUGCUGGUAUCCAGCAUGUCUCUCCUAUUGAAGAGUUUCCGCUGGAUGUGUGGAACAAGAUGAUGGCUCUCAUGGUCACGGCCCCCUUCCAGCUGACACAACUGUGCAUGGACAGUAUGAAGAAAAAAGGCUGGGGUCGGAUUAUCAACACAUCGUCCGUUCGUGGACACAUUGCUUCCCCAAACAAGACAGGAUAUACUGCUGCUAAACAUGGAUUGUUAGGACUGACCAAAGCAGUAGCAGUUGAAGUCGCUGGAAGUGGUGUCACUUGCAAUGCUCUAUGUCCUGGAUGUGUAGAGACACCUUUAUUUGUCAAGCAAGCUGAGGACAGAGCCAAAGACCAGGGGAUAACUUAUGAGGAGGGAAGGGCCCAAAUGUUAGCAGUCCAACCAUCAAAGCAACCUGUUCUGGUAAAUGAUCUGGGAGAAGCUGUGGUCUUUAUGUGUUCGAGUGCUGGCAAUCAGAUGACUGGGCAGUCUUUGAUCAUAGAUGGUGGCUGGGUGGCGACCUAGAUGUUGGAUGGUGAACUAGACCAAAAAUUUUGAAAGAAACAGCAUCAUGUUAUUUACCUAGACUCAAAAUCCUGAAAGAAACAGCAUCAUGUUAUUUACCUAGACUCAAAAUCCUGAAAGAAACUGCAUCACUGUUCUUUAUUUGAAUCUACCAUAGGCAUCCCAAACUCUUUUCAAAACUUGAAAAACCGCUGAUACUUUAUAAAGAUAUGAUUGGAUCAGAAACAAUUUUGAACGAAAGUCAACUGAGGCAUACGGAUUAUGUAAAUGGUGUACUGAAAGAUUUUGUGGACACAUUUUUUCCAAAUCAACAUUUCCAUGGAUUGAACCUCGCAAACCUUUAUAAUGGAAACAAGACGGUGUCUGGACUGUUUGUUCUUGAGGGACAAGAAGGUGGAAUUAGUGAUUUAGAAAAUGCAAUUAGCGAUUUUGAAGAUGUUAUAUGGUGCCCAUAUGACCUAAUGCAGUUGCGAGCGCUGUAAAACCUUACUAAAGCUCAAAUUAAAGAAGAUGGUAUUAUUGAUUUUGAAUGAGUGAUUUUGAAGAAAAAGUCAUCAGCGGAAAAGCACGGCGGGACUGGGACCCCCCAGUCUGUUUAAUCCCCUUUGACCCCUUGAUUUACACCUGUAGGGUUUAUAGAAUAGAUCAGACGUACAGCCAGACUGUUCUGAUUGUUUGUGUUUUAAGGCAUAACAUGGGUGGUUAGCGUCGAGUGCCCUGGUGUGGUUUUCUCCUUCUUUCCUAUCAAACAUCUGUCGUCCUUAUCUCUCCUAUACAGUGAAGUCCUGAAACAAUGAGAAGUCUGCUAUAAAGACACUAUUCUAAAACCCUGUUUUUUUCCCUUCUUUAUCUUUGUAAAUAAAAUACUGCUAUUGUGCAAUCAGAAUGUCAUGUGAGUCGGUUAUAGCGGAAUAAUGCUGCGGCUGUGCACAGCACCCAGACCAAUUAAACAUAUAAAACCUCGCCAGUUGAGAAAGUUGUUGGUGAGAUAGCGAAACAAAGAAUGGGAGAGC